GUGAUGUUUGCUAUGUUUCUUAAUUGCUUUAACUUUGUAAUUUGUUUAAUAUAAAAUAAUAAAUCGCUGCUUAAGUAGUUACUUUUACCGUUUAAAGAUUUCCUACGACAUGGAUACCGCGUAUGACGAAAUGGAUUCAUACUCAUUAAUGUCAAUCGACGAGAGGCUAAUCGACCUAGUACGUAGCCAUGAAAUACUUUACAACAAACACUGUUUAGGAUAUAGGGGUGCUGAACAAAAGCAGGAAGCAUGGUUUGAAAUUAGUGCGCAACUGGGAAUUGCCGCUGAAGACUGCUCCAAAAGAUGGAAGAGUUUACGAGGACGUUAUUCCAGAGUACUCAAGCAGGUAGACACGCUGUCCGAAAGCAAAGUGAAUGCUACUGUAGAUUGGCCAUUGUUUAGUUCACUUUCCUUUCUCAGGAGUUACAUAAAACAAAGAACCUCUCACCGUCCAUUGAACGACAACAAUGUUUCCAGUUUCAUAGCGACACGCCCGAAAAGGUUCAAACGCAUAAGUGCGGAGAGUAAUGAACUUCACGACUCAUACAAUCCCUUAAAUGAACUUCGCAGUGACAAAAUGGAAAUGCCAAUAGAGAUCGAGGCUAUUCAAUCGCUUGCUCCAAAAGUGGAAGAAAAAGUAGUGAUAAAAAAAGAAAGUGAUGCUGUGCACUCCUUUGGACAAACAGUUGCUGCAAUCAUAUCAGAAAUGAGUGAAGCGAAACAAGCAAAAGCGAUGCGCAUCUUAUUCGAUACUUUAAUAACAAUUAAAACAGAACCCGAAGAAACUUACUACUUUUACCGUUUAAAGAUUUCCUACGACAUGGAAACCGCAUAUGACGAAAUGGGUUCAUACUCAUUAGUGUCAAUCGACGAGAGGCUAAUCGACCUAGUACGUAGCCAUAAAAUACUUUACAACAAACACUGUUUAGGAUAUAGGGGUGCUGAACAAAAGCAGGAAGCAUGGUUUGAAAUUAGUGCGCAACUGGGAAUUGCCGCUGAAGACUGCUCCAAAAGAUGGAAGAGUUUACGAGAACGUUAUUCCAGAGUACUCAAGCAGGUAGACACGCUGUCCGAAAGCAAAGUGAAUGCUACUGUAGAUUGGCCAUUGUUUAGUUCACUUUCCUUUCUCAGGAGUUACAUAAAACAAAGAACCUCUCGCCGCUCAUUGAACGACAACAAUGUUUCCAGUUUCAUAGCGAGACGCCCGAAAAGGUUCAAACGCAUAAGUGCGGAGAGUAAUGAACUUCACGACUCAUACAAUCCCUUAAAUGAACUUCGCAGUGACAAAAUGGAAAUGCCAAUAGAGAUCGAGGCUAUUCAAUCGCUUGCUCCAAAAGUGGAAGAAAAAGUAGUGAUAAAAAAAGAAAGUGAUGCUGUGCACUCCUUUGGACAAACAGUUGCUGCAAUCAUAUCAGAAAUGAGUGAAGCGAAACAAGCAAAAGCGAUGCGCAUCUUAUUCGAUACUUUAAUAACAAUUAAAACAGAACCCGAAGAAACUUAAAACAAUGUUGUUUAAAGUCUCGUCUAUUUGGCUUUGGUCUGAAAUUUUAGUUUAUUCAUUAAUAUAUUGCUGCGGAGUAUUUUAUAGAUAACAUAAUGAAGUAGUGCUCCAACUUUCUCCCUAGUCCUGCUGUGAUGAGAUGAUCCUAAAAAUUAGUUUAAAAGUUGAAAAUAAGAAAUAUAAGUAUUAAGAUAUUGAAAUAGUAUUGUAAAUAAAUAAGAUAAAGUGAGAAACAUACAAAUUAC